CCUUGCUAGGUUCCUCGUCCGCCUCUCUGUCCUAGUCUCGUCAGCAACAGCACAGUGUUGUUACUGACGCGCCUUCACUCUGUUGACCUGCAUCUAGCCAAGUUUAUUUGGAGACUCCAACCUUUGGUCUCCCAAACUUGGAGCUCCCAAGGGGAGAGGUUCUGCCAAAAUUUUGGCUUCUGAGCAUCCAUUUUCAGGGGGAGGUUCUGCCAAAAUCUGCUCCUGUGAACAUAGAUUUCUCAAGGGGAGGUUCUGCCAAAAUUUCCUCCUGUAACCACCAGCUUUCCAGGGGGAGAUUCUGCCAAAAUUUCCUGCACUGAUCAUCAUUCUUCUAAGGGGAGGUUCUGCCGAAGUUUUCUUGUGUGACGACGACGAUCAGUUUCCAGGGGGAGAUUCUGCCAAAAUUUUCUGCACUGACCAUCAGUCUUCCAGGGGAGGUUCUGCCAAAAUUUUCUUCUCUCACUAUCACUUCUCCAAGGCCAAGCCCUGCCAAAAUUUCCUUCAUAUAUCACAUGCAUCGUAGACAUACAGACAAUAAACUCUAAUUUGCAAAGGUAACAAAAAAAAAAAGAGUGCUUUCCUCCUUGGCCUUGAUGGUAGGCUAGUAGAGAAAACCGCGCGCAGCAUCUGUUUACAUGUUGUUGCUCGUCCUGUCCGAGCACCUCCUUUCCAGAUUUAUGGUCGGUUCUGCCCUAACCCGCCUUGUCCAGUCCUUCUCUGUUGUUUUCCUCUACUGGUUUUAUGUCUUCUCAGUAAGCCGCCAGUAGUUGGACUCACCUUUUCAAGUUAUCUAGGCAUUUCCUAUAUAUUUACCACAUAUAAAAAUUAUACUAAGGCAGUAACAAAAGAGGUGCCUUUAUAUCUGACAAACAGAAGGGAGUGAAAAAGUUUAGAUUACACCUCAGUUUGCCUGUGGUGACAACUAUGUCAAGUGGCACUUCGUCCGGAUCGAGCCGGUGGGUCCAAAGUUCUAGAUCCGAGGAUGACCUAGAUCUCCAGGCCCAGAUGGAGAGGAGGAGAAAGCGGAGGAAGGAGUCGAAUCGGGAGUCAGCUCGGAGGUCUAGGCAACGGAAGCAAGAACACCUUGACGACCUCACCUCACAGGUAAAUCAGCUGAAGGACCAGAACAAGCAGCUCAGCAUGGCACUGAGUAUAACCAGCCAAAACCUUGUGGCAGUGCAAGCGCAGAACUCUGUUCUGCAGACCCAGAAGAUGGAGCUGGACAGCAGGCUGGGUGCCCUGACGGAGAUCCUCUGGUACAUGAACUCAAGCACCAGCACCAGCACUGCUCCUACAAAUCCAGCCAUAGCGAACGACUUCACAGCAUGGAGCAGAGCCUCUGAUAUUCUUGGUGGAACCAGCUACAGCGCCAUAGACCUGUACCAAUGCUUCUAGCUCUAAGCUCUAGCUCUAGAAGAGAGAAGGUGGCUGUGGCAUAUGACAUAGUGGUAGGGCCAGGAAGAAAGGAGGCGGGCAGGCAUCAAGUUCUGUUCAAUCGUGUGGGGCCUUUGUGUCACUGUUGAUGUGUGCAGUGUGUGCUUGAUGCUUCUCCCUCCACUGUUUAUUUUCGAGGCGACGGCGAUGUUUUGGUUUGGUAGAGACUCAAGGACGGACAAAAUGGCAGAAAGUUGCCUUGGCUUUGUGUGACGUAAAUGCAGUUGUUCUCCGGUAUUUAUAUGGCAAAUAAUAUUGGGCCAGCUAGUGAAAAAGACAGGCAGAUGAUUUGAUGUGGCUCUUGAUAUAUAGGGAAAUAAUAUGCGUAACGAUGAUUAUAAUGUUUAUU